AUGUCGCGUGGGCGGUUUGGCCAGCAGGGCGGUCGUGGUGGUGGUAGUGGCGGCGCCCAGAGCUUUGGCGGCGGUGGCCGGAGCUUCGCCGGGCAGCGCGGUCCGCGAGGCGCCUUUGAAGAUGAUGCCCCUGCCGACGGUGACCAACGUUUCGACCUCUUCGAAAGUCGCUUCGCCGAGAUUGAGAAGUCCGACGCGAUCGAUGCCAAGUUCGGGUACGUCCGCUUGGAGGAUACCGACGAGCCGGAGCUCGGCUGGCUUUUAAACAUGCAUGAGACCACGGUCCGGGAUCCGGACUGGCCAUCCGGCCGGUCAGCCGUCGACUUCUACUUCCUCAAGCAUGACGGCUCGCGCUUCAAGGCCACCCUGACUAUGGAUCCGUACUUUUACCUGCGCGUGGCGUCCGGUAUGGAGGUCGAGGUGGAGCAAUUCCUACUGAAGAAGUUUGAAAAUGUCUUCACUCGGAUUGUGCACGUCUAUAAGGAGGAUCUGAGCCAGCCAAACCACCUUACUGGCAUCAAGGUCCGCUACCUGCAGCUCUUCUUCCGGAAUACGACGGAUGCCACGCGUGUCCGGCGCUGGGCCGCGCCCCUGGUCGCCCGGAAUGCCGAGCGCCGGCGAGACGCCUCGGCUGGCGGCCACUCUUUGUUGGCGGCUGGUGCGGGCUCCGCGGCGGCCGAGGCGCUGGGAGCAGCUUCGGCCUCGGCUUCGGCCAGCGGGGCGCUGGAUCUCGGCGCGCCGCUUCCCUUCACCGACUCCCGGGCGCAGGUGACCUCCACGCGGGCGGGGCUCGAAAAAACUGGCGGUCGCCCGGCCGCCGGGGCGGUCGCCUCCCUGUACGAGACCGUCGCAAAUGUCCAGGCGGCCAUCAUCGACAUCCGCGAGUAUGACAUCCCAUAUUACCUGCGCGCGGCCAUCGAUCUCGACAUCCGUGUGGGCUUCUGGUAUUCGGUCAGCAUCCGACAGGGAGCCGUGUCGCUCCACCGAAAUGUAGACCUGGUCGAGCGCGCGGAUGCCAUCGUUCUUGCCUUCGACAUUGAGUGUACCAAGCAGCCACUCAAAUUCCCCGAUGCCCGUACCGAUGGCAUUAUGAUGAUCUCGUAUAUGAUCGACAAGCAGGGCUAUCUGAUUACCAACCGCGAGGUUGUCUCGGCGGACAUCGACGACUUCGAGUACACCCCGGUGCCGGAGUAUGAGGGCCCAUUCAUCAUCUUCAAUGAGCCCGAUGAAGAGGCCCUGCUACGGCGCUUCCUUGAGCAUAUCCAGGAGGUCCGGCCCUCGAUCAUUGCCUCCUUCAACGGGGACUUCUUCGACUGGCCCUUCCUGGAGGCGCGGCUGGAGGCAUUCGGCAUCAACAUGUUCGAGGAGAUUGGCUUCGCACAGACCUCCGCCGGUGGGGAGUAUUUCAGCCGGCAUUGUGCACAUAUGGACGCCUUCCGCUGGGUGCAGCGAGAUAGUUACCUGCCGGCCGGCUCGCACGGCCUCAAAGCCGUGACCACGGCCCUGCUCGGAUACAAUCCAGUGGAGCUUGAUCCGGAGCAGAUGACCCCCUUCGCCGUGGAGCGUCCGCAUGAGCUGGCCACCUAUUCCGUGUCCGAUGCGGUGGCCACCUUUUAUCUGUACAUGAAGUAUGUGCAUCCGUUCAUCUUUUCCCUGUGCAACAUCAUCCCCCUGUGCGCGGAUGAGGUCCUGCGCAAGGGCUCCGGCACACUGUGCGAGACCCUGCUCAUGGCACAAUCCUUCAAGCUGGGCAUCAUCAUGCCCAACAAGCAAGUUGACGAGCUGGGUCGGACCUUCAACGGCCACCUGUUGGAGACGGAGACUUACGUCGGCGGUCAUGUGGAGGCCAUCGAGUCGGGUGUCUUCCGCUCUGACAUCCCGAUGGAGUUCGACAUGGACGCCACCGCCUUCCAGGAGCUGAUCGAUGGCAUGGACGAGACGCUGGCCUUCGGUCUCCAGGGCGAGGGGGCUUCCCUGGACGAGGUGACCAACCUGGAGGAGGUUAAGGCCGAACUCACACGCGCGCUGAGCGAGCUGCGCGACGCGCCACGUCGGGAAAUCCUGCCCCUCAUCUACCACUUGGAUGUGGCGGCCAUGUAUCCGAACAUCAUUCUCACCAACCGUCUCCAGCCCCCGGCGCUGAUUGACGAGACUACAUGUGCCUCGUGCGACUUCAAUGUGCCCGGUUCCGGUUGCCAACGCGAAAUGGAGUGGCAGUGGCGUGGCGAAUAUUUCCCCGCCAACAAGGGCGAGACCGAGCUGAUUCGCGCUCAGAUGGAAACUGAAACCUUCCCGAGCAAGUUCCCCGACAUGCCUCCCCAGCCUUUCACCAGCCUGCCGGCUCGCGAGCAGGCAGCUCUCCUGUCGGCGCGCCUGGGCGACUAUAGCCGCAAGGUUUACAAGCGGACGCACAUCACUCGGGUGGAAACGCGCAAGUCGAUCGUCUGCCAAAGGGAGAACUCCUUCUACGUGGACACCGUCCGGGCCUUCCGUGACCGUCGCUACGAUUACAAGGUUUUGCACAAGAAGUGGGGCAACAUCCGGCGCGAGGCGCUGGCCAGCCGAGACAUGGCCCGCAUCGAGGAGUCCGAGAAGAUGGUGGUCAUUUACGACUCGCUGCAGCUUGCGCACAAAGUCAUCCUCAACUCCUUCUAUGGCUACGUCAUGCGCAAGGCUGCUCGGUGGUACUCGAUGGAGAUGGCCGGCAUUGUCUGUCACACGGGUGCCAACAUCAUCCGCAUGGCUCACAAGCUGGUCGAUCGCAUUGGCCGGCCGCUGGAGUUGGACACUGACGGUAUUUGGUGUGUCCUGCCGGCCGGCUUCCCGGAGAAUGUUUCGCUCAAGCUGAAGUCCGGCAAGAGCGUCCGCCUGUCCUUCCCCUGCUCCCUGCUUAAUCAUAUGGUCAACAAGGAGUUCACCAAUCACCAAUACCAGACAUUGGUGGAUCCCGAGCGCCUGGUCUACGCCACCUCCUCGGAGAACAGCAUCUUCUUCGAGAUCGAUGGCCCGUACCGGGCCAUGAUCCUGCCCUCGUCCACGGAGAAGGACAAGAAGCUGAAGAAGCGCUAUGCGGUCUUCCACCCGAGUGGCAAGCUGGCCGAGUUGAAGGGCUUCGAAAUCAAGCGCCGAGGGGAGCUUCAGUUGAUCAAAACCUUCCAGUCGCAGCUGUUCGAGCGUUUCCUCGGUGGACGGACCCUGGCCGAGUGCUACGAGUAUGUGGCCGUCGUGGCCAACAACUGGCUGGACGUGCUCUACAGCAAGGCCCGUGACAUGGAGGACUCCGAGGUGAUCGACCUGCUGUCGGAGAAUCGAAGCAUGUCACGCACGCUCGAGGACUACGGCAACCAAAAGUCCACGUCCAUCAGCACGGCCCGGCGUCUGGCCGAGUUCCUCGGCGACCAGAUGGUCAAGGACAAGGGCCUUUCCUGUCAGUUCAUCAUCUCCACCAAGCCGCUCGGCACGCCGGUCACCGAGCGUGCGGUGCCGGUGGCCAUCUUCUCGGCCGAGGAGCAUGUCAAGCGGCACUAUUUGCGCAAGUGGCUCAAGGAUCCGUCCUUGAACAACUUCGACAUUCGGUCGCUCCUGGACUGGGAGUACUAUAUCGAGCGCUUCGGCGCGGCCAUUCAGAAGCUGAUCACCAUCCCGGCCGCAUACCAGAAUGUGGCGAACCCGGUGCCGCGUGUCCGGCAUCCGGAUUGGCUGCAAAAGCAGCUGGCCGAGAAGCACGGAUGCGAUGCUGGCUUCCGGCAGCGCCGCAUCACCGACAUGUUCACCAAGGGCGAGCCCGGGGCCGCCAUCCCGGACAUCGAGGACCUCGGCACCGGCGGCCUGGCCCCAGGCCGUAUGAUCAAGCGCAAGCGCAUGCCGGCCGGCUCUGACGGCCAAGGUAAUGACGAGGGCCCGGAGGCAGGCUCGGCCAGUGAAGCCGGCCCUGACACAGUGCCGAUCAUCGCCCCGCAGGCCGAUGCACUGGUCGACUAUCGGGCCUGGCUGGUCCAGGCAAAGGAAGUCUGGCGGCACCGGCGCCGGAACCCGCCGGCAGCCGGCCCCGAAGCCUCGGACCCCGGGGCUUCCAUCGUCAUGGCCCCGUCGAUGAAGCCGUCCUACUUCCGGCGCCAGGCGGAUGCCCUCCGCACGCGCACGUGGGAGAUCCUCCAGAUUUGCGAGACCCCCACGCCCGGGGAGUUCAAUGUCUUUGCCUUUGUGGGGGAGACCAUGAAUGUCAUCAAGGUCAAUGUUCCGCGCAUUUUCUAUGUGAAUUCCCUUGUGGACGACCCGUCCACCAGUGCCAAGCGCGUGCAGCGGACCCUGCCACACGGAGCACCGACGCACUUCCUUCACGAGUACCGCCUGCCGGAGGCGGACUUCAUCGAAAACCGCCAUGUAUGUGCUCACCCGCCGGUCGGAGGGCUGGCAGAUGCCCCGCUGCCGUCAGGGCUCCUGGGUCGCUGGGAGUUCAUCCAUUUGGCCCGACAUUAA